GCCUCUUAAAUUGCCUCCUUAAUUUUAUAAUCCAACUCUCUCCAUUUCCGUAUUGCAAACCCACCAAAAUUCUUCAUCUUCUUCUUCAUCAUCACCGUCAUUGUCACCCGUCGAGACGGCCACAACUUGCAGCCUUGGGGCUGUGGCGUCGCAUUGAAAAAUGCAGCCCUUAUUCUGCCUCCUCGCACUCAGUUUCUGUCUUAUUCUUCUCUCAUUCUCCUCUGCUUUAUCAGACGCCCAAGCUUCUCACAUUGCUCGUCAUCAGCUCUUGAGCCUUCGUGAGAAUGACGAUUUGUCUGAUGAAUACCAAUAUGAGGUUAAACUAAAUUUUACUUUCUCCAAUCCUAGGCUCAGAAGAGCCUAUAUCGCGCUUAGAGCCUGGAAGAAUGCAGUGUAUUCAGACCCAUUAAAUUACACAAGCAAUUGGGAUGGUGCUGAUGUUUGCAAAUAUAAUGGUGUCUUUUGUGCAUCAGCUCUAGACGACCCAAAGCUCGACGUUGUUGCUGGUAUUGAUCUUAACCACGGCGACAUUGCGGGGUAUCUUCCGGUUGAAUUGGGUUUGUUGAUAGAUUUAGCUAUUUUCCAUGUUAAUUCAAACCGGUUCUGCGGUAUUAUCCCAAAGAGUCUUUCCAGGUUGACUCUCAUGACCGAGUUUGAUGUUAGCAACAACCGGCUUGUUGGCCCAUUUCCUACAGUGGUUCUAUCUAUGCCUCAUCUCAAGUACCUUGAUCUUAGGUUCAACAACUUUGAAGGAGAGUUGCCUCAUGAACUCUUCAACAAGGACCUAGAUGCAUUGUUCUUGAAUGACAACAGAUUCACAUCAUAUAUCCCUGAAAACCUCGGCAACUCUCCAGUCUCAGUCGUUGUGUUUGCCAAUAACAAGUUCAGGGGAUGUAUCCCAAGCAGCAUUGGUAAGAUGACAAACACUUUGAAUGAAAUUAGUUUCCUCAACAAUAAGCUUUCGGGUUGUUUACCAUCGGAGAUGGGAUUGCUUGGAGAGGUAACUAUGAUUGAUUUGGAAUCAAAUUCAUUCACUGGUAUCUUGCCCAAGACCUUCAAUGGACUAAAAAAUGUUGAACACUUUGAUGUAGCCUACAACAAGCUCACCGGUUUUGUGCCAGAGAGUGUUUGUCGGCUGCCUAGCUUGAAGAAUUUCACAUUCUCGUAUAACUAUUUCAACGGUGAGGCUCAAGCAUGUGAGCCUCCAUUGAGGAAAGAUGUGGUGUUGGAUGACACAAGUAACUGCUUGCAUGAUCGCCCCAAACAGAAGUCGCAAAAGAUUUGUAAUCCGGUGGUGAGCAAGCCUGUUGAUUGCAGUAAGUCUAAGUGUGGGGCAGCACCAGCUGAUGAACGUCGGAUAGUCUCCACACCUUCGACACAAAAACAACCACAACCAACAACACUAGCUCCACAUAAGUCACCAUCAACGCCAAAGCCAAAAUCUUCUCCUGAGCAAAAGCUUACGCCAAAACAAUCUCCUGCCCCGGUUCCAGCUCCUCCAGUACUUUCAACACCACCACCACCAAACCCUUCUAGACCUCACCGUGAGAGUCCUGUUCACCGGUCAAAGUCCCCUCCUCCCCGUGUAAAGUCAUCGCCACCACCUGUGAAGUCACCUUUCCCACCAAAUCACUCUAGACCUCACCAUGAGAGUCCUAUUCAAUCCCUGCCACAUCAUGUCCACUCUCCUGUUCAAUAUCCACCGCCCACAGUCUCCUCUCCUUCCCACGUAAAGUCAUCUCCACAGCCUAUGAAAUCACAUCCCCAACCUCCACUUGUACAAUCACCUCCAUCACUACCACAUGUUCAAUCCCCACCACCUCCAGUUCACUCUCCGCCUCCUCCAAUCCACUCUUCUCCUCCACCUCCAGUAUACUCUCCCCCACCACCAGUCCACUCCCCUUCUCCACCUCCAAUCCACUCUCCUCCUCCACCAAUAUACUUUCCACCACCACCAGUCCACUCCCCUCCACCACCAAUUCAACCCCCUCCUCCUCCAGUCCAAUCACCUCUAUUACCAGUUCACUCUCCACAUCCACUAGUCCACUCUGCUCCUCCUCCUGUCCAGUCACUACCACCACCAGUUUUCAAACCUCCACCUUCAUUUCACACCGAACAUACACCAAUCCAAUCCCCUGCACCUCCAUUUCACUCAACAGCACCACCGGUUUUCUCACCUCCACCUCCAGUUCUCAACAAGCAUCCACCAGUCCAAUCACCUAAACCUCCACUGCACUCACUACUACCACCGGUUUUCUCACCUCCACCUCCAAUGCACUCACCACCGCCACCAGUUUUCUUACCUCCACCUCCAAUUCACUCACCACCCCCACCAAUUUUCUCAUCGCCACCUCCAAUUCACUCACCACCACCACCGGUUUUCUCACCGCCACCUCCAGCUCACUCACCACCACUACUUGUUUUCUCACCUCCACCUUCAGUUCACUCACCACCACCAAUAGUAUUCUCUCCUCCGCCACCAUCUUCAUCUGUUUCACCUCCUCCUCCAAUACCAGAUGAAGACAUUGAUCUUCCACCAAUUAUAGGUGCUGAAUACUCAUCGCCACCUCCACCAAUCUUCCAAGGUUAUUAAAUGGUGCAUCUCUAACAACAUCACGCAGUCUCUUCAUUAGAAUUACAAUCUUAUAGAAAUACACCCCUCGCUUUUUUAGUUGAUACAUAGUUCAUGAUCAUGAUUACGAUUAAUAUGUAAUCUGCUCUGCGCCCCUUUUAGAUAUA